ACUUGGUAUGAACAGCUCAUAAAAACCUUCCCUUUUGUCUUUGGUUCUUCUCUCUCUCUCUCUCUCUCGUUUGCCUAUAUAAAGCUACUACUUAUUUUUCUGUUCAACCAAAAGGGACCAAAAAAAAAAAAAUGGUGAAUUUUCGUCUGGAAAUUUUCAUACUAUGUUCUUUUCUUGUAUUAAUUUCAGGGUUUUCAAAAAAGCUCCAAACUUUACCAUUUGAUGAAGGGUACUCACAACUCUUUGGCCAUGAUAAUCUUAUGGUUCUUGAAGAUGGAAAGUCAGUUCAUAUUUCUCUAGAUGAAAGAACAGGAGCAGGAUUUGUGUCUCAAGACCUCUACCUUCAUGGCUACUUCAGUGCUUCUAUUAAGUUACCAGCAGAUUACACUGCUGGAGUGGUUGUUGCAUUUUAUAUGUCUAAUGGUGACAUGUUUGAGAAGAACCAUGAUGAAAUUGACUUUGAGUUCUUGGGAAAUAUAAGAGCAAAAAACUGGAGGAUUCAAACUAAUAUAUAUGGGAAUGGUAGCACAAAUGUUGGCAGAGAAGAAAGAUAUGGACUCUGGUUUGAUCCAUCUGAAGAUUUUCAUCAAUAUAGCAUCCUCUGGACUGAGAGCCAGAUCAUCUUUUAUGUAGAUAAUAUCCCCAUAAGAGAAAUCAAGAGGACAAAAGCAAUGGAUGGGGACUUCCCUUCUAAGCCAAUGUCUUUGUAUGCUACAAUUUGGGAUGGUUCUAGUUGGGCUACCAAUGGGGGCAAAUACAAAGUCAAUUACAAAUAUGCCCCUUACGUCGCCAAGUUUUCCGACUUUAUCCUUCAUGGAUGUGCAGUUGAUCCAAUUGAAUUGUCACCAAAAUGUGACACUGCACCUAAGUCUGCAUUAAUUCCAACUGGUAUCUCCCCUGAUCAAAGAAGAAAAAUGGAGAGCUUCCGAAAGAAGUACUUGCAAUAUUCGUACUGUUAUGACCGGACUCGAUACAAUGUACCUCUAUCUGAAUGUGUAAUUGAUCGUAAGGAAGCUGAUCGUCUCCGAGGCUUUGACCCCGUGACCUUUGGUGGCGUCCAGCGCCAUCACAACAAACGACACCACCAGAGGCAAUCGAGGAGGGAAGACGCGUCUUCUGAAUAGAAAGAAGAGUAUUAUAGUUUCUCUACAUUGACAUGAUAUUUGUCUCCAGUUUGAUUGAAAUUAUGGUAAUUUUUCCCUGUGAAUAGAGAAUACACAAUAGAGAAGAGAGCUAGUUGGGAUUACUACUAUAAAAAUGUGUCAUGAUCAUGGUAGGGUAUGUAUAUAUUUCAUACCUUUAGGGUCCCAGCAUGUUCUUAUUUGAUGUUUAGUAUUUGGCCAUUUAUUAUAAAUUCAAUUUGGUGAUGAUUUUUUUCUGUA